UUGACGCCGAAAUAAGAGAUUAUCGUUUGCAUCAAAUUGAAAACGAUUCGCGGGCGCGCUCGUAAGGAAAGUGAAGGGUUCUACGACGAACAACUCGAGUGUUUUGCAAGUGAUAUCUCUUUUAUUGCAUCAUUCGUGGAAUGUUGCGUAUCAGCAAUCGUAAAGAAUUAUCAUUCCCUUCUGAACUUCGACGUAUUCUUGAAAUUUGUGACCUUUCCGAAUAAAUAUUAGCUUUAUUGACUUGUUUCAUUUCGCUUGGAUAAAUUACAUUUGGCUCAACCCAGCCUUUUAGGAUAAUAAAAAUUUUUCCUUUUCAAUCUUUUAAAUUUCAGGAAUAAAUUUUAUGAAAAUGCAAAAUGGAAUUAUGCGAAAAUCAUUGAAACAUGUAUAUCCCUUAGUGCUUACGUUUAACGUGAGAUGGCACAACGUGCACCGCUUAAAGUCGUGUUUGGUCGAUAAUUCGAGAGGUUUCUGAUUUGAAACGUGGUGUGGCAAUAAAGUGCGCUGGUUUCAACGUCAGUGGAGAAUAUUUUCUGUGAUUUGUUCGUGUAUUGCAGUAAGUUUUCUCGUAAAUUCAGAAAAUAAUGUCGAAAAACGAAGAGAAAUUCGACGGAAUGCUGUUGGCUAUGGCCCAGCAACACGAAGGCGGCGUACAAGAGCUACUUGACACAAUCUUCAGUUUUCUCGCGCGAAAAACGGAUUUUUACACGGGAGGAGGUGAAGGAGCUGCAGAAAAGCUUGUCACUAGUAAGUUUAAGAAGCAUGAAGCUACAGCUCUUGCCAAAGCUGCCAGUGAAAAAGCUGAACGUGUAGAACAAGAGAAACGUCGUAAAGAGAGAUUGGAAAAGAAAAAAAGAGAAGAAAAAGCUGAAGAGGAUAAAUUCAAUUCAGAAUCGAAGAUUGUUGAGCUAACCGAUGAACAAGCUGCAAAGUUACAAGAAGAAAUAGAUAGUAAAAAAUCAGUGAAAGAAUCUCCUGCUGUUCCUGGCCCAAGUGGUGAUAAUGCAGAGAACUCGAAGAAAGAGGAUGAUGUGGAAGAUGAGGAGGAAGAUGAGAAAGAGAAAAAUAAACUCAGGCCUAACAGUGGAAAUGGUGCUGAUCUGCCUAAUUACAGAUGGACCCAGACACUCCAGGAUUUGGAGAUCAAAGUGCCUUUGAAAGUGAACUUCUCAGCCAGGCCCAAGGACGUGUCGGUGACGAUUACGAAAAAACGAUUGACCUGUGGCAUCAAGGGUCAACCGCCAAUCAUCGACGGUGAUUUUCCACACGAAGUCAAAGUCGAAGAAUCCACCUGGGUGAUCGAGGAUGGAAAACUGUUGCUUCUCAACCUGGAGAAGGUGAACAAAAUGCAAUGGUGGGCUCACGUGGUAACCUGCGAUCCGGAGAUCAGCACGAAGAAAGUGAACCCCGAGCCGAGCAAGCUUUCCGAUCUCGAUGGUGAAACUAGAGGCCUCGUGGAGAAGAUGAUGUAUGACCAGAGACAAAAGGAACUGGGUUUGCCAACGUCCGACGAGCAGAAGAAGCAGGACGUGAUCAAAAAAUUCAUGGAACAGCAUCCCGAAAUGGAUUUCUCCAAGUGCAAGUUCAAUUGAAAUGGAAUUCCAAUUAGAUAGAGGGCCGAAUAUUCAAGGUGUUGUUGUGAAACUGAUAAUACAAAAGAUGAUAUAUUAUCAAUAUAUCCAAUCGCGAAAUCCAGAAAAGCUCUUUAUGAUACUCUCGUUAAUUGACACUGCGGUGAAGUUUUCUGCACCUACUUUAUCGUAUCGCCAGGCUUUAAAGCGUAAAAGAUGGCGCCACGAUCCAUGCCACGAUUGGAUCGUGGUUACGAUAAAAGGAUUCAUCGUUUCCUUUGUCACAACGCUCACUUGAUGAUUCCAUUUUCUCUCUCUCUCUCUCUCUCUUUUUUUACACCUAUCUUCAAACCGUUCCUUUUGAUUACUGCUCCAAAGGUAGCAGAAUCAAUCUGCACAAAUAUGUAUAACGUAUGAUUUUUUCACAUUACGUUUCGUAUAAUUGAAUAAAGAGUUUAGAAAUGAAAA